AACCCGCAAUCUUAAUAGGGCUGGCUAGCCGAAUCCACUUAGCUAACUCUAUUGACGGGAUAGAUUGGGCAAUGAGUUUUCUUCUCGCCAAACUUCGCAACUCCAACAAAUUCUCCCAGUGUUACUCUCAAUCUGCCACCAGAUGUCGCCCCAAGAAAACGAAAAACCCCACACCACCGCCUGUCGAGAGUAGCGUUCAAACCCCUGGUGGUCGCCUCAAGUAUGCUGGCCUCAUCGCAACUGCUAAGAAACACAAGUCAAACUUCAUGAAGUUGGCUAUUAUGACCGGAGUCCUACUGACAAGCUUUCGAUCUAUGGGCCAGAAGUACCGCAUUUACGUGCUCACAGAGGAUGCUGUUGCCCUCAGAGAAGAGCAGGAGAGCAUCACUGCUCGCAUGAAUCGCAUUAAGGAGAGCCUGCAUGCUGCUGCUGCUGCUGAGCCCACAGGAGCUCUUGAAGCUAGGCUGCGCAUCCUCCUCGGAGACGAAUGAUGCUCUCAUUCCUUAUUAUCCUUGUGGGAAAUGUAGUUUCAAUGAGGAUUUUGAACUGAGAUUACAUAUCUUUAUUGCCUUCUUUUUUUUGUUGGAUUUGAUGGUAAGUUUGUGUAAUGGAGGUUUGAGUAACUUGAAAUUGAGGUGGAUAUGCAUAUAAAUUGAUGAUAUAUUGUUGAAUUGAA